AUGGAGUUGCUCAGCCCUUUCUCUUCUGCGUUGCCUCUGGCGAGCUUCCGGCGUGGGUUUUACCGGACUACUGUUCAUAUGGAAAUGAAGACUUCCCGGCGAUCGCCGGAGGGAUUGGAAGCUAACGAUAAUAAGGUGUACGUGGCAGUGGGGAAGUCAUUUGAAAAGGCAGUUGUUUUGCUUCAGUGGGCUUGUAGGACCUUUGGGAACUCUCAGAUUUGUAUUCUUCAUGUUCAUCAACCUUCUCCUUGGAUUCCCACUCCCGUGGGAAGACUACUUGCCAGUAAAGCCAAUGCAGAAGUGGUAUCUGCAUUUAGAAAUGAGGAGAGGGAAGUGAUGAGGAAACGUCUAUAUAAUUACUUGAAUGUAUGCUGCCAAUUUAAGGUUAAAAUGAGCAUUAUUACAACUGAAGCUGGUGAAGUUCAAAAGGGGAUUGUGGAUUUAGUAAAAGAGCAUAACAUUAGGAAGCUUGUUUUUGGAGCUAUUCCUGAUAGCAUGAAGGCGAAAAAGAGCUCUCGAAAAGCAAGUUAUGUUGCUAGAAAUGCUCCGCUGUUCAGCGAGAUACUGUUUGUCUACAAAGGGAAACUGGUUUUCAUCAGAAAGAGUUGCCAAUUUCCAAAAUCUGCUGCAGCUCAAUCUCAACUUUCCUGCAACAAUGAGGCUGUUUUCGUUCCAAAAUCUCCGGGGUCAAGCUCUGUUACACACAUACCCUCUGCUGGAAUACAAAAUUUAACUCGAAUCAAAGGAAUACCAACAGAUGGUGCUUUGUCACUUAGGGUACCGAAUUCAAUAAGCAUAUGCAAUCUGCAGACAUCCACAGCUAUAUCUAACAAUGCUAGCUCUAGUACCAGUGUUGCAUAUACAUCUGUUGGACAGAAAGCUUCUCCCGGUUUGGAAACAAACAAUCGGUAUGCUACAAAGUUAAAGCUUUUACAAGUCUCCACAUCAACUCUCAAGAAGGAGAAGCAGGUGUUACAGCAACAGAAGGACGGGUGGGCUAAUCACCGGGGGAAGAGUCAUGGACGAGGUGAAGGAGCCAUUGAGUUUACAAAAGAUUCAAGCGAGUUGGUGGAGUUUUCAUAUUCAGAUUUGCAGAUAGCAACUUGCAACUUUUCAGAGAGCUUCAAGAUUGGGGAGAGUGGAUAUGGUACUGUCUAUAAAGGGGAAAUGUUAGAUAGGACUGUUGUCAUAAAGAAAUUGCAUACACAUAAUCUGCAAAGCCACUCCGAGUUUCUCCAACAGGUUGAAAUUCUUGGCAAACUACAUCAUCACCAUCUGGUAACUUUACUUGGCAUAUGUCCUGAAUCAUGGUCCCUUAUUUGUGAGUAUUUACCCGGUGGGAACCUCCAUGACCGCCUUUUCCCUAGGACUAAUGUUGGUCGCUUAGGUUGGAAAAUCAGAACAAAAAUUGUUGCUGACAUUGCUAAAGGACUGCUGUUUCUGCACUCUUCCAGCCCUGAAAAGAUUGUGCAUGGCAAUUUGAAGCCUGAAAAUAUUCUUAUUGGUCCUGACAACACCUGCAAAAUCUGUGAUUUCGGGAUAUAUAGGCUGCUUCUGCCACAGACCCUGCGUUGCCCAAGUUUUUCCCGUCUUAGUGAACCAAAGGGUGUUUUUAGCUAUACAGAUCCAGAGUUUCUUGAAACGGGGAAUCUGACACCCAAGUCAGACAUUUAUUCCUUUGGAUUGAUCAUACUUGAGAUUCUAACUGAAAGAGCCUUGCCAGGACUAUCAAGUGAAGUACGCAGGGCACUUGUGUCGGGAAAUUUGGAAUCCGUUUUGGAUUCAUCCGCUGGAGAAUGGCCUGCAUUUGUAGCUAGGAAGUUGGCAGAACUUGGAAUAGAUUGCUGUGAACUAUACAGCAGAUAUAGGCCUGAAUUAACCCCGAGUAUUGUAAACGAGCUCGAGGGCUUACAAUGCUUGGAUGAGCGAGCAGUGCCAUCCAUUUUCUUGUGCCCGAUUUCACAGGAGAUAAUGUACGAUCCUCGUGUUGCAGCAGACGGUUUCACCUAUGAAGCAGAAGCCAUCCGGGAAUGGCUGGGAAGUGGCCAUCAUACUUCUCCAUUGACCAACUUGAAACUAAGACACCUGGAGCUAACUCCCAACGAUUCAUUGCGCCUCGCAAUCCAAGAUUGGCUAUGCAAAUCAGAGUAA